AACAAUGCUCACAAAGAGCGGGUGGCAUUUUUUUCAUGUAGAAAGAGGGCAGAUUGUGUGGCGAAAUGCUCAUAUUCUCAUCUGCAGCUCAUUUGACGGACGUACUCAUCUUGAAAGAAGCAACAGUAUUCAGAAGGAAAAACAUAUGCAGAACUGUUUGAAAUAGUGAAGGGAGAAACAAACGUACAGUGGAUUUUUUGUUUAUCAAAUUUCAUACAUUAUGCCGAAAACUUUUUUAGUGAAAAAACCAAAAGGUAAAGACGAGCUUGAAGAACCUGUUCUCGAUCAACAAGUUCCCUCUGGAAAUCCCUUCUACUACCACCCAGCAUUUUAUUACCCCGCAGAAUAUUAUUCCUAUCUGCCAACGUUAUGGGCUCGUCACUAUCAAGAUAUUGCGACAAAUUGGCAAGGAACAGACAAGCAGUAUCAAAAUGGGAACGCACCAGGCGGAAUUCCUGGACUUAACUUGCCCCAACCACUCAACCUUCCAUCUCAAGUGUCUUCUUCUGCAUUCGCUCCAAACCCUUUGUACCAAGCCCAGCAGCAGCAUAAUGGUGGUGGAAUACCUACCAUGUAUCAUCAACAUUCCUCAUCCCAACAACAGUCAGAUCAGCAGUUUCAGCAGCAGUUCCAACAACUGAUCAACCAGCAUCAUCAAAAUGCUCAGUUGCAACAACAGCAGCAGUAUGGCGCGCCAAACCAUCAGCAUUUUGAAACAGAUUCAAAUGAUAAAGUUAAACGUGAUUUGUAUAACGAAUUUUUCGAUCUUGACAACAAUGCUAUCAAGAAAGAAGACAGCAUGCUUCUACCAAACGCCGUUGCAGCGGCGUUGGGUAAUCACACCACUCACAGGGUAAAAAAAGAACGUGGAGAAGAUGGCUCUGAAACAGACAGCGUAUCAUCAGACUCAUCGAAAUGUAGCGAAAGCAGCUCUGCCGCAGUGGUUGACAACAUCAUUAAUCAUGGCGUUGACAUUAAGAGAGAUGAUAAAAUGUUAUCAAGAAACGGAGACGGAGAAUUGUCCCCAAAAAGUGGAGAGGAAGGAGAUAAGGUUUAUCAAUGCGCGUACUGCGCAAAAAAAUUUACACGUUCGUGGAAUUAUCAACGACAUGUUUUGAUUCACUCUGGCAGAAAACCACACAAAUGUGAAGUGUGUGAUAAAGCAUUCGUGUUAGCUGCACACUUAAAGAUUCACAUGCGUAUUCACACAGGCGAAAAACCGUACAAGUGCACAGUUUGUGGCCGAGGGUUUGCGCAAUUAACCAAUUUACAGCGCCACGUACUUACUCAUACUGGGCAGAAACCGCAUCGCUGCCAACACUGCAACAAAGGAUUUGUUUCCAGCAGUGAUCUACGACGCCAUAUCCGGAUUCACACUGGAGAAAAACCGUAUCAGUGUCACGCCUGUUCGAAGGCUUUUACCACUUCUGGAAAUUUGCAGAGUCACGUGUUAACUCAUACUGGAGUAAAACCCUACAGUUGCUCGAUAUGCAAGUGGAAAUUCAUCUCUUCAUCCAAUUUGAGAACGCAUAUUCGCACUCACCAUUGUAACAACGAUGAGUCUAACGAGCUCCAAAUGGUUCCUGAUAAUACGAUAAGAGUUGUUACCCCGUCCUCAACCGAGGAGCAAGUAUUUCUUCCGGCUACCGUGAAAACAAACUAAUGUCAUUCUUAUCAACCUAAAAAACUAUAGGAGCCUGCGUAUUUACUUUUUAUGGUAUUUGUCUUGUUUUAUAAAUAUCAUAUUUUUUUUUUUGUUUUAGUAUUUGUUGGCUACCUUAAAAAAACCCAGCACGUUUUUUUUUUGAA